AUGUUGACCAUUAAUACAUCUAAAGGUUUGUUCAAAUAUACACGUCUCAACUACGGCGUUAAAACGGCACCAAGUCUAUUUCAACAACUGAUGGACACUAUGCUCGCAAAUGUCCCGGGGACUGUUGCCUACUUGGACGACAUAUUGGUCGUCGGCAGAACAGAGGACGAACUUCUCCAGAGGCUUGAUCAGGUCAUGGAAAACCUCAUUGAUUACGGUUUCAAAAUAAAUAUGGAAAAAAGUGAAUUUUUGCGGAGAGAAAUUCACUAUCUCGGAUGUGUAGCAAACGAAACUGGAAGAGCCCCAGACCCCGACAGAAUACGUGCAUUUCAGAAAAUACGAACUCCACAGAAUGUGAAGGAAUAA